AUGAAAGUGCCUCGGGAAAAGUGCACUCUAGCGCCAACGCAACGGGAGGCUGUUGAACAUAGCCACGAGCCUGGUACUGCUCUUUUGAUUCAAAGCGGACCUGGAUGUGGCAAGAGUUUGUGCAUCACGAGACGGAUCGAGUUUUUGCUCGAGAAAAAAGUGGCGCCCGAGGAGAUUAUCAUCUUGUCCAUGACAAAUAGAGCAGUCAAUGCCUUGCAAAGUGCUAUUUACGACUCGUUUGGAGUAGUUGCCGACGAUUUGGUUGUCAAAACGUUCCACUCUUUUGCCUCGAGUUUGAUUGAUGAAAACUUCCACAAGUACUUCCCCGAUCGCCCCCCGCGCACCGUGGUUGACGACGGGAGCUGGAAAAACAUUGCCGAUGUCUUUAAUGUAAAUGUGCGGGACUUGCAAAAAGCGGUCUCGGAACUGCUGAAACGAGCAAAUUUGAAUGACGAUCCAAACUUGGGCAAGGCCUUGAAAUAUCUCGAGGAAAACGGGAUGAUUCCCUUUCUGGGCUUGAUUACUUUGGCCAUGGAUCUUUUGGACGUGUCCAAGGCAGAGUUGCUGAGUUUGGCAAAGUCCAAAGUGUUGAUUAUCGAUGAGUUUCAAGACAUGCAGCCGAAUCUCGCCAAGUUUGUCAAGAAAGUCGCCCAUUAUGGACAACCAAAGCAUUUGACUUUAGCAGGAGACGAGAACCAGUGCAUUUACGAGUUUCUCGGGUCGACGCCUUCAAUGAUGAGCGAUUUUUUGAGAGAUUUGGAGUUCCCGUAUGAGGUGGUUACCUUGAAAGAAAGCUUCAGAUUGACACCUGAGAUUCUACUGUACGUAAAUGACAUUUACCCUUCGCAGAUGAAGAGCAUGAAAAAUGAAGGUGUUGAAAUUAUGAAACAAGGCGAUUUGUGCGAGGAGAUUAUUAGUUUGAUGGCGCGUUCCGGCGGAUUGCUCAAGUUUUCGGAUUUUGCCAUUUUGGUUCGAACCAACUCCGAAGUCGACGAAACGUCGCGGCACUUGUCGGAGACGUAUGGGAUCAGAUGCAAGAAGUUCAACGGCCUCAGCUGGCUUUCAUCGGAGCUCAACGUAUACUUGAACAUCUUGUUUCUUUUCAGAAACAGCUUUGGGUCCGACUUUGCCUUGUUGUUGUUGUUGAGGAAAUUGGGGUUGGACAAGCGCGCGGCGGACGAGAUGUUCACCAGCUACAGUGAGUGGAAUGGCAGCAGUUGCAACAAACUAGAGUCAUUUGUGCUCGAAAACUAUAGCACCGAGCUGCCGCCAUCAUCAUUAUAUGCUAAAUUUGUAAAAACCGUUCAAGCGGAAAGGGCAAACACGCACACGCCUGCCGCAAUUAUGGGCUCGCUAACGAGAAUAAGUCAGAAAUUUGGGCUCUUGAUUGAUGACGGGUACUUGCAUCAGAAUUUGAAUUCAUUUUACCUAUCGUUGAAAUAUGCGUACUCUGUUUACCUCCAGGAUACAAGGGCCACGUUUCUCGAGUAUUUCCUCCACCACUAUUUUGAUGCCGAACCAACGCUUGACGAGGAACUGGUCAACAUAUCAACCAUUCACAAAGCAAAAGGCUUGGAGUUCCCCGUCGUAUUUGUUCCAAAGCAAAGUUUCUCGCAAUCGCGGCUACUUUACGUUGCCGCGUCAAGAGCACGAAAUUUGUUGUACGUUGGUGGCUAUGGACACAGGGCAACCGAGGUGAGUGAGGCCGAGCUCCAACUGCACAUGAAGCAUAUUGCAGCUGACUUGAACCGCGCGAUUCCUACACCAGGUAACUUGGCAGCUGGAAGACGUUUAUUAAGCAGCUUUAAGAAAAUUCUAUGCUAG